CCACGGUAGCCCUGGCGACAAGAACCCAGCAACGAGAAUCAACAACAACAACCACUGAAUCCGCCAUAAAAAUAAAAGAAGACAUUUUACCGGUGGGAAAUACACACGUGGAACCAGAGGGUGAUUCCCAGCUUUUGUAAUGGCCACCUCAGGCUACGUAGGUGAGAUCCAGCCAACAGCCCAACCCCAGGGGGCUGGUGUUACGGUCACACCGGGGCAACCUGACGCCAGCUCCACCCCUGCAACUGCCCCUCAGUUUCUGGCUGAGAUUCAGACUACUGUGGCUACUCCCACUGUUGUGACACCUACUGGCCAAACUACUCCCACUGAACAAGCCACUUCCAUCACCACUCAGAAGCCUGCAGCUGGUAGUCAAGCCCAGUCCACAGCACAGGCCCAGCCAGGUCAGACUCAAUAUGUGACUGCAGAGAUCCAGGGCUCCCCCACACAGUCUGGAAAUGCUCAAAGCACUCCUCAGUACAUCGUUGUUACGGUCACAGAGGGCUCCCUUCACUCAAGUGACAGUGUGUCGGACUCUAGUCCCCCUCCACCUGUGGUGCAGACUGGAGUUCCCACACAGGUUGUUCAGCAGGUACAGACGGCUCAACAGCAGAGGUCCGUUGUGCAGGCCACCUCUCAGAUAGCCAAGACCGAGCCAGGAACCCAGCUCAGUGUCACCAGUCUACAGCCUGUUAAUAUCAGCCAGGAGGUCCAGCAGCAGCUCACACCAGUGCCAGUCCAACAUGUGUACACCAAUCAAGUGCAGUAUGUGGAAGGAGGAGACACCAACUACACCACCAGCACCAUUCGCUCCAGCAACUUUCCUUACACUGAUACACCCCUGUACACCCAGACCACGGCAGCCCAGUAUUAUGAAGGUCAGCCCACAUCGGGCUCACAGGCUUCUACCCCUGGCACACCUCUAACUGUCUCUGUGACUGCUGGCACAACAGGGGGUGUAUCCAUGUUUGUGGCCCAGCCCACCAGUGCAGCAGGGGGAGGAGCUACAGUAGUGACCACAGGUGGCACCACCAACGGGGCAGGGGAUGGGGCAGGCACCAACGGGGGCACAGCAGGCAGCUAUGUGAUCCAGGGGGGUUACAUGCUGGGCAGCAGCAGUGGAGGGGUAGCUGGCAACAGUCAGAACUACUCACACACCGCCCGCGCCUCCCCAGCCACUGUGAGUAUUACAGAGGGCGAGGAGAGUAGCGUGCCGUCGGCAGACAAGAAGGUACAGUGGUUGCUGGACAACUAUGAGACAGCUGAAGGAGUGAGUCUGCCACGUUCCACCCUCUACUGCCACUACCUGCUGCACUGCCAGGAGCAGAAACUAGAGCCUGUUAAUGCUGCCUCUUUUGGAAAACUAAUUAGAUCUGUGUUCAUGGGGCUACGCACACGACGCCUGGGCACACGGGGUAAUUCUAAAUACCACUACUAUGGGCUUAGGAUCAAGGCAGGCUCAUCUCUUCUCCGUCUGAUGGAAGACCAGCAACAUCUGGCCAUGAGGCAGCAGCCCUUCUCACAGAAACAGAGGUUGAAGCCUGUGCAUAAAGUGGAGGGAAUGACCAAUGGCACAGCAUCAGGAGCAGGCCAGCAGCAGCAACAGCAGCAGGGGUCAGGGCACGUGGACAUCAGCACCCAGGUACAGCAGUACCAGCAGUUCCUAGAUGCAUCCAGAGCUCUCCCAGAGUUCCCAGACAUCGACCUCCAGGGGAAGACUCUGCCAGAGGGCAUCGAGCUGGAGCACAUAAAGAGCUUUCAGCUGCUGUACAGAGAACACUGUGAGGCCAUACUGGAUGUCAUGGUCAACCUGCAGUUUACCCUGGUGGAGACACUGUGGAAGACCUUCUGGAGGUUCAGCCAGAGUCAGGCUGGAGAUGCCACGUUGGCUGUUCAUGACGAGUCAGAGAAGCGUCUCCCUAAGUCCUGCCUUGUAUUGCUGUGCAAGUAUGAGCCAGUGCUGCGCUGGAGCCGUGACUGUGACAACAGCCUGUACCAGGGCCUGGUGGAGAUUCUCAUCCCUGAUGUCCUCAGGCCCAUUCCCAGUGCCUUAACUCAAGCCAUCCGCAACUUUGCCAAGAGCCUGGAGAGUUGGCUGACCAACGCCAUGAUGAACAUCCCAGAGGAAAUGGUCCGUAUCAAGGUAACUUCAGCCAACGCAUUUGCCCAGACACUGCGUCGCUACACCAGUCUGAACCACCUCGCCCAGGCGGCCCGCGCUGUACUCCAGAACACGGCUCAGAUCAACCAGAUGCUCUCUGACCUCAACCGCGUUGACUUUGCUAACGUGCAGGAGCAGGCUUCAUGGGUGUGCCGGUGUGAAGACCGUGUUGUCCAGCGGCUGGAGCAGGACUUCAAGCUGACCCUUCAGCAGCAGAACUCCCUGGAGCAGUGGGCUGCGUGGCUGGAUGGCGUGGUCUCCCAGGUCCUGAAACCCUACCAGCACAGCCCUGCCUUCCCGAAGGCCGCUAAGCUCUUCCUGCUCAAGUGGUCGUUUUACAGUUCCAUGGUGAUCAGGGACCUGACCCUGCGGAGUGCAGCCAGUUUUGGUUCCUUUCACCUGAUCCGCCUGCUGUACGACGAGUACAUGUACUACCUGAUUGAGCAUAGAGUGGCUCAGGCUAAAGGAGAGACCCCCAUCGCUGUCAUGGGAGAGUUUGCCAGUUUAGGCCGGGGUCUAAACCAGCUGGAUCCUGACAAAGAAGAGGAAGAGGAAGAGGAGGAGGAGAGCGAUGAGGAAGGUCAGGAGCUUGCACUUCCCUCAGAUGGGGCCGUGCUAGGAGAGGAGUCUCUGGAACCACCUGCCAAGCUGGCCCGGACUGACCAGAGAGUCCUCUUCACCACCGGAUCAGCUGACAACUAACCACAGAGCAACACUGCUAGGUGUGGGUUGAUAAUACUGAUCAUACACUCACACAUAGAUGUACAAAGAAAACUAAUUUAUACACUUGACACGUGUAUAUAGAUCUUGUAAAUGUGUGUGCACACUCUCGCUGCAUACGGUAACUGUCGCACUUGUUUAUGCACACACACACACACACACACACACACACACACACACACACACACACACACACACACACACACACACACAAUCAAUACACACACUCAUUCAGUAACUGCUGCUGCCUAUAUGGCACAACCACCUGUUGACACCAUUGAUUCAAUACAAAAUCAUUGGCAUUGCAAUAGGAUGUGGCUUCAAAAACCAGACUCUCAAAGUGCAAAGAGAAACACAGAGAAUUUUAACCUUCAGUUUUAUGGUUUUGUAAAAAUUAACUAAAGCCAGGCAUGUUUUGGGUUUUUUUUUCUCUCUCAUUGCAUUGCAACCUGUAGCCUCGCUGUCUCCUCGCUGAGAAAUGUCUGCUCACUCUAGAUCCUCCUGAAACUGUCACUGCCGUAUCAAAGUGAUCUUGAAAGUACUGUGAUGUAUGUGUAAAGGUAACUAUUGAGGGGGGGACCUUUCGUUCCUUGCUGAAUGCAGCUGUUACUAAUUUCAUUCAGCGAGGAAGAGGCGUUUUUGAAAAACAGCAGGUGGUUGGGACUUUGGGUGGGUUU